AUGGCUCCACCUGCCAUUAUCGCCCCCUCCAUCCUGAGCGCCAACUUCGCAGAUCUCGGCCAUGAUUGCACCAAGAAGAUGGAGCAAGGCGCUGACUGGCUCCAUGUCGACAUUAUGGACGGCCACUUCGUCCCCAACAUGACCAUCGGAUGUCCCGUCGUCUCUCAAAUCCGCGGCUGCGUCGACCGCCCACUUGAACCCUGUGCUCGCGGCACAUUCGACUGCCACAUGAUGAUCAUGGAGCCUCACAAAUGGGUCAAGGAAUUCCAGAAGGCUGGUUGCGAUCUUUACUGCUUCCACUAUGAAGCUGCCGUUUCAUCCGUUGCCGCCACCGAUCCCACCGAUAACGACACUACACAGCGCACUUCGCCGCGCCAAUUGAUCAAAUACAUUCACGAGCAGGGCAUGCAGGCCGGUAUUGCUAUUAAGCCCGAUACCCCCGUCGAUGUUCUGUGGGAUAUUUUGGAUAGUCCGGAUCUCGCCGAGCGACCUGAGAUGGUCCUCGUAAUGACAGUCCACCCCGGCUUCGGCGGCCAGAAAUUCAUGGCCUCCGAGCUCCCCAAGGUCUCGGCCCUGCGCGCCCGCUACCCGGAUUUGAACAUCGAGGUCGACGGUGGUCUUGGUCUGGGAACGAUCGAUCAGGCUGCCGAGGCUGGCGCCAAUGUUAUUGUGGCUGGAUCUGCCAUCUUUGGCGCGCAAGACCCCGCCGAUGUUAUUGCGAAACUGAGAGAAGCGGUGCAGAAGCGGAGGGGUCUUGAAGCCGGUUCGGCUUCUGCUUGA